AUGGAGAAUUCGGCCGGCGAGCGUACGGUAACGAUCUUCGGACGAGUUUUCCCACGGGAUGCUUUUAUUUGUCGUCUGUUCUACCUUGCAUUUUUCGCCUCUUUCGGAUCACUUUUUCCUCUUUUGGCUGUAUAUUUCAAACAACUCGGAAUGACUGCUGCCCAGGCUGGGAUGCUUCUCGGAUGUCGACCACUCGUCGAGUUUGCCGCAGUCCCGUUCUGGGGUUCCUUCGCCAGUCGUUUCAGAAGAGGGAUCAAUCAUCGAGACCUUUUCAAUGCAAUCAGACCUUUCCUUCCUAAACGUCAAGCACUAAUGGGGUAG